CUUAAUUCUAGUUUUAAAUAUAUUUAAUGUGAACUUAUUCUUAACCAAUGGAGGUAGAGACUUAAAUAAAUUAAAUGCUCUAACGUAAAAAUCCUGAUUGCUCAGGAAUAAAAUCCAGGAAGCUCACGAACCGUUGGGAAUCUGCAGUUUCGAUCAUAGCUUAUUAUCAAGAUAUUUAAGAUUUUAAAAUAAUGUUGAACAGUUCAGAGAUGGUAGGACGGGAGUCAACUUUAGGAGUCUUGCCAACUCUACAGUCCUACCUAUUAAAAUUUAAAAUAUAAAAUUAUUCCCACUAUUCUAUUUUUUCCCUUGACAUAUGUUGUUGAAAAAAUGUGUAAAAUUCUUUAUCUUAUCAGUCGUAUUUUGUUCAUUUAAAAACUUGGAGGUUAUUCGAAGGAGGACCUUAAAAAUGUGGAAAAUAUUCUUAACUGUGACGUGGAUGAUAUCAUUAGUCAAUUCAGCUCAGAUAACAUGUCGAAUGUUGGGCGUUAGUUGUACUGUAAUCAACCCAACGAUAGUAACUCAACCAAAUGAAGUUAUUACAGUUUCUGGAAAGCCACUCGAUUAUGUUAACAUUGUUCUGCAAUUAGUGAAAUUCGAGAAUGCAAUAAAUGUAGCAUACGUGCCGACCGGUGUUUGUAAAGUAUUUCCCAAAUUAUCCGGACUUAGCAUUAACAAUACUUACUCAAUAAAGUUAUUCAAAGAUUCAUUUGCGAAUUGUCCACAUUUGACAUAUAUUCAAAUAAUCAAUGGAAAUUACCCAACAAUUCCUGAAGGAUUUGCUCAGUCAAACUCAAAACUAGUCUAUUUGGCUAUUGAGCAAACAAAUACAAUAAAAAUUGAUAAAGGCGUAUUUAUUGGAUUGAAUAGUUUACAAUAUUUGGACAUUAUUCAUAACGAAAUUCAGUGCUUGCCACACGACUUAUUCCGAAAUACACCAAAUUUAAUAAAAAUUGAUUUAAGCAACAAUCAAAUCACUGCGAUUGAUCAAAAUCUCUUUAAAAACUUAGAAUUCUUAUAUUCAGUCAACUUACGAUUCAAUAUGAUUAAAACUUUACCGUCUUUAGUGUUACCACAAACUUCUAUGUCUGCUUUAACUAAUGGAUUGAUAUUUUAUUUCGAAAUGAAUCAAAUUACAUCUAUAAGUCCUGAAAUUUGUUCGAUUCUUGCAUCUAGAGUUCAAUACACUGAAUUAAAUGUAGCUUUGAAUCCUUGCAUUCAGACUAUCAGUAAUAUUAACUUAUCUUAUUGUGACAUUCAAGAAUUUCUAAAAUAUUUACAAAAUUGUCACAUCCAAUGGAGCCCAACAGCUUAUGUUCCAAUGCAAUGUUAAAUGUUGUGAUCGGUAAACUUUAAAAUUUACACUUAACGAUCCCGAAUGGCACAAGUCGGUUAAUCAAUCAGAAAUUAUGCACCAAGCCGAUGUUAGAUUUAAAUCGAUGCCAGCACCAUGCCAGGCUUGGUGACAGAUUUCUAUUCCAUUAACCAACUUGUGCUAUUCGGAGAUAUUUUUGUUUAACUUCUAAUUAUGUAUGAAACUUUGUUUUCGAUAAAGAAUCGCGACAAAAUCUUGCAGAAUAAAUGAAAUUUGAAUUUACUAAGUUUUAUUUGUUCAAAUUAAAAACAAUGUUAAUGAAACAAAUGAAAAGUUUAUCAACUUUUUUUAUUUGUCAUUUUUUUACGCGUUAAUUAAAUUAAUAGCCAAUUAAUUCUAUUUAAUGUGAGUUGCUUCAUCUAAAAUAUUGCAAAUUUAUGCAAAAUAACUUCUAAAUUUGAUAAAAACAUUUAAAUAAAAAUAGC